UUCCACCAUGACUGCAACAGCACCCAAAGGACCGUUCAAGCUGGUGACGGUCAACACAGCUCCAGAGCGAGCAUAUCGCCUUAUCGGGCGUGUCGCAAAGGCGCUGGAAGACCGAUACACUCUGGUGCAUGCUGGCAAUUGCGAAAAGAUCGACGAAGUCGAAGGAAAGGUCCGAGAAAUUCAGCCUGAUCUCUUGUUCUGCGCAUCGAUGUGGUCCAGCGAGGAGGCGGAGCAGAUACAGGCCAUUGCAAAGGAGCUCAGACCCGGAAUCAAGACACAUGCUAUUCCUCAUGGAUUGCAAGUCGAGAGAGGACCGGAUGCCAUCGUCGAAUAUCUCCUCGAGAAGGUUCCUUCGUUGCUGGACCAGAUAGACGGAAAUUAG